AGCCAAUGGUCACUGAGCAAGCAGCGAGCCAAUGAGGACGCAGCACACUGCGGGAGCGUAGGGUGGGCAGUGGGGCUUGUGGCGUUGGCAGGGAGCGAAGGUGGGAAGGCGGUGAGCGGCCAGCGGCGAGCAUCAUGCGCGAGUGUAUCUCUAUCCACGUGGGGCAGGCAGGGGUCCAGAUCGGCAAUGCCUGCUGGGAACUGUACUGCCUCGAACAUGGAAUUCAGCCCGAUGGGCAGAUGCCAAGUGACAAAACCAUCGGGGGUGGCGAUGACUCAUUCAACACGUUCUUCAGUGAGACGGGGGCGGGCAAACACGUGCCCAGAGCAGUGUUUGUGGACCUAGAGCCCACCGUGGUGGAUGAAGUGCGCACAGGCACGUACAGGCAGCUCUUCCACCCAGAGCAGCUGAUCACCGGGAAGGAGGAUGCGGCCAACAACUACGCCAGGGGCCAUUACACCAUCGGCAAGGAGAUUGUCGACCUGGUCCUGGAUCGCAUCCGCAAGCUGGCGGACCUGUGCACGGGCCUGCAAGGCUUCCUCAUCUUCCACAGCUUUGGGGGCGGCACUGGCUCCGGCUUCGCAUCUCUGCUCAUGGAGCGGCUGUCUGUGGACUAUGGCAAGAAGUCCAAGCUGGAGUUUGCCAUCUACCCGGCGCCCCAGGUCUCCACGGCCGUGGUGGAGCCCUACAACUCCAUCCUGACCACCCACACGACCCUGGAGCACUCGGACUGCGCCUUCAUGGUGGACAACGAGGCCAUCUAUGACAUCUGCAGGCGCAACCUGGACAUUGAGCGUCCCACGUACACCAACCUCAACCGGCUGAUCGGGCAGAUCGUGUCGUCCAUCACGGCCUCCCUGCGCUUCGACGGGGCCCUGAACGUGGACCUGACGGAGUUCCAGACCAACCUGGUGCCCUACCCCCGCAUCCACUUCCCUCUGGCCACUUAUGCCCCGGUCAUCUCGGCAGAGAAGGCCUACCACGAGCAGCUGUCCGUGGCCGAGAUCACCAACGCCUGCUUUGAGCCGGCCAAUCAGAUGGUCAAGUGUGACCCUCGCCACGGCAAGUACAUGGCCUGCUGCAUGUUGUACCGGGGUGACGUGGUCCCCAAAGAUGUCAAUGCGGCCAUCGCCACCAUCAAGACCAAGCGCACCAUCCAGUUUGUGGACUGGUGCCCGACUGGCUUUAAGGUGGGCAUUAACUACCAGCCCCCCACCGUGGUGCCCGGCGGUGACCUGGCCAAGGUGCAGCGGGCCGUGUGCAUGCUGAGCAACACCACGGCCAUCGCCGAGGCCUGGGCCCGCCUGGACCACAAGUUCGACCUCAUGUACGCCAAGCGGGCCUUCGUGCACUGGUACGUGGGCGAAGGCAUGGAGGAAGGGGAGUUCUCGGAGGCCCGGGAGGACCUGGCGGCUCUGGAGAAGGAUUACGAGGAAGUGGGCGUGGAUUCUGUGGAGGCCGAGGCCGAGGAGGGGGAGGAGUACUGAGG